AUGACCGCACCGGAGGAAAAGUGGGAAGAAUGGGGAUCCGAGCGCAUGUUUCGCGCAAUUCAUGACAAAGUCGCGCUCUUGAGCCAUCAAGGCGGCGUCAAGGUCCUAAACUGCGACGACGAGAUCGUCCUCAAGGUUGGAAGCAGAGUCCGUCCUUCUGAGGAGAUCGCCAUGCGCCUCGUCAAAGAGCACACUGACAUCCCUGUUCCGGAGAUCUUGCUUGCCGCAUACGUUGGCGAUGAAGGCCGCCUGGCGAUGAGUGUCAUUCCCGGCGCUCCGCUGACAGAAGCUUGGGAUAGUCUGGAUGAUGCAACAAAGAAACGCAUAUGCGUGGAGACUUGGUCAAUGAUUGAGAAACUCCGCCGGAUCGAGAAGCCCGCGGCGCUGCAGCACCACUUCCUCAGUCUUGCCGACGGUUCGCCCUGUAUCAACGACCCCGUUGUGGCCGGCCUUUGCUGUGCAGACCCUCCGCAUCCGCCGCUCCUUGAUGACGAUGCUGUUCGCGCCCGCAUCAUGGACCUGACAGCUCCAACGAAAUAUGACCUGAGUGGUAUUAUGGCAGCAAGGGGUGUUUUGUUUUAG